ACCUGUAAUACACUUUUAUGAGCGCCCAUUAGCUCCACAGAAGCUCUAUUACGACCUGUAUGCAAAAACAGCUGUUAUUUGACGUUGACAGAACUGUUGACUUGGAGCCUGCGCUCUAAUGCUGCUAAAAGAUUCCAUUUACGCAUGUCCAUCGGCGUACCCUGGUAAGUUUUGCAAAAUUCUGAUUUGUGAUUGGCUAAAAACAUCCCUGUAACCAUUUAGCCAAUAGAAUCACUUCGCCUCGUUCGACUAUUGAGGAGAUAGUAACUUGCAUUGUCGAUUUAGCUAGCUCUUCAGUCUCUACUCUUUUGACUCUAGCAUAGUGGGCCAGUCGAUAGUCGAUAAAAUGUAUGGCCCAUCCAGGGCAAUAUAUUGUCAGUUACCUGCCGGGUUUGAAUAGCAACAGUGCUCUGUCAGUGAGUGUCAAAUGGAGUGGAUGAGCGAGCAGCGCGCCAGGAGACCUUUCGGCAUCGUUGGCACCUACUUCCUCAUCACACAGCUCUCCGGAGUAGCCAUACUCGUCAUUUGGGCCUUUGAGAUAUUGCAGAGAUCCAAGUCAUCCGUGGACCCUCAGGUCGGCAAUAUUAUCUUUGGGACUAAAAAGGUUGUGUCUGGUUUCUUUACUUCCUCUUUGGAUUUCAAAAAUGGAACAACACCGCUGGCCUUAAUUUCAGGUCUUGGUGUUGGCCUCUUCUGCCUCGUUGUCGGUAUCUAUGUAAACUGUGACAAGAAUCACUAUGUGCUGCCUCAAAUCUGUUAUGUGAUCUACGUGAUCUUCGCUACCAUCGGCCACUAUACUCUACCGCUUCUCAUUAUAUUGGAACUAUAUCCGUCACAAAUUCGCGGCAUCGUGGCUGAGAUAUCCCUGUCCAACGCUUGCUUCUUGAUAUUCGCGGCCAACGUGUGCUACCCCCAACUGCGUGAUCUGCUGGGGUUCGACAACUCGCUAACCUCUUUUGGAGUGUGCACUCUACUAGGUUGCCUCUACCUCUACUUCUGUCUCACCGAAACAAAGGGUCUGACUCUGCACCAAAUCGAGGGCUACUUCAACGAAAUCCGCCCAAAACUGACGUCACAGAAGAAGAAAAUUAUGCAGAACUUCAACAGAAACAUGGCCUAUGGACCAUCGGCUAGGAACAUGAAUUGCUAUGUAUUGCGAUCGAAAAUUAAUUAGGUUCACUAAAAAUACUGUCCACUUCAAUGUUAAAAUGGUUCUUAUAGUAGAUUUACUUGUUUCUGAAAACUUUUUAAAAGUUGUUAUAUAACUAAAUAACAUAUUCGAUCCCUCCUAUCUUAGACUGAAAGAUAGUUUUAUUCAUUUUUAUAUGAUAUUAUUAUGCAUUAUGCACUUUUUAAAUAGCUACAUUGUGUUAUAAAAU